AUGAAUCUAAUAUUGAACAGAGAUAACAAAGAUUUUCAUGGAUUUGAUGCUGAUGACAUUACCAAAGCUACUUGUAUGGCUCCGCAAACGGCAGGUACGGAUACCACAAUGGUAACUCUAAUAUGGACUUUAUCUUUACUCCUAAAUAACUACGAAGCAUUAAAAAGGGCCCAAGAUGAACUAGACACUCAUGUUGGCAAGAAUAGCCGGGUCCAAGAAUCGGACAUCAAGAACUUGAUUUAUCUUCAAGCUAUUGUUAAAGAAUCAUUACGCUUAUAUCAUGAGUUGACUGAGGAUUGUGUUGUUAGUGGCUACGAUAUACCAAUAGGGACUCGCUUGUUAGUGAACAUUUGGAAGUUACAUUACGAUCCUAAAAUAUGGCCAAAUCCGCAUGAAUUUAAGCCGGAAAGAUUUUUGACGACUCAUAAGGAUUUCGAUGUAAGAGGGAAUCAUUUUGACUUGAUUCCGUUUAGUAGUGGAAGAAGAAUGUGCCCUGGAGUUUCGUUGGCCCUUCAAGUUGUGCAGUAUGUGUUGACUAUUUUGCUGCAAGGGUUUGAAAUUGAGAGACCUUCAGAUGAUCUAAUUGAUAUGAGUGCGAGCUUUGGAUUGACAAUUCUCAAAGCUUCUCGACUCGAAGUUCACCUUACUCCACGCUUGGAUUCUAAUCUUUAUUACGUAUAA